AAGGAAACUCCAUUGGUACACCGCCGGGGUUCAAACCUACGGCUUGAGAGUAGCGUGCUGAAGCUACUAAGCCAUUACUUCUUACUUAAAAACUACGUCGUGGCAAAAAAGAUUCGCAGCAGAUACCGCUGUCAAGGAAAGGCUUUGGUCACCAUGUUGCCCUGCGUCGUGUUAGCGUUAGGUGUGCUACUUCUGGCUGCUCCUGGAAAGGCACAAUCUGAGACAGAUGCACCAACGACGGUAACAACCAAAGCCCCAAGUACUACCACGAUACCAUCAAGCACUGUAGUCUGGGUGACGGAACCGUUAAACGAGGGACAGGCUAUCCAGAAGGCUCUGCAGUAUCUCCUCCAACAUCGCCAACCUGAUUGGGGUUGGGCAAACGAUACCCACCACGUCAUGCUCACUUUACAGUUGGCAAAUAACACUGGAAAGGAAAUAGAACAACAAGGCAUGGAGAUGCAGCUGUCGGCUAAGCAGAUGGAAAUUGAGAUCUUACUAAUGAUGUCCAAGCACCAUGAAUCCCCACCCCCACUGGGACGUCUGGCUGCCUACACUUUAGCUCUGGGGGCGCUUUGCAAAGACCCUCGGUCGUUCCACGGCAGAGACCUGGUAUCAGCGCUCCUUCAUCGAGAACCGCCCCACGAUCUGGAGUUCGCGUAUGCCACCCUUGCUGCCUGCUCUUCCGCAGCUCAUGUCCGCCGGCGCCAUAUUCGUCGAUUACUGGAUAUUGCAAAUGCUGCAGCUGAUCACAGCUUAGACACAAUAUCUAUGGUAAUACUGGCGCUUCGCUGCGUGGUUCAAGACCAUAGACACCGUAGUUUAUUGCACUUCGUACGUCGCCCCAUGGCCGGUCUUGCUCGUCAGCAACAUCCCGACGGCAGCUUUGGUUCACUCACCACUACAGCUCUUGCUAUUCAAGCCCUUGAAGACUCAGACAGCGGUCCAGGCGCUCACCAGCAUUGGAGUCUACCGGCAGCCCGGAAGUGGCUCCUGGAGCGUCAGGAAGCCGAUGGAGGCUGGGGAGAUGUGGAGAAGACCGCUGCAGCUGUUGCAGCAUUGACACCUGCGUCUUUAGCUGCUGUACGGCCACCGCACUGUAGUGAUAAGCUUUUGGACAGCCGUCAUGAACCUUUUGAGAACGGAGGAGAUGGAAACUUGAAGGUGGCUUAUCAGUCAGGACACGCCGGCAACGAAUCUGACGCUCGCAACGUCUCUUUUACAUACACGCUGUGGUUAGGCACAAAUGUCACUGAAAAUUACACCCUGUACAUGGUUGCUCCAAGGAACGUAUCAUUCUACCACGUGAUGCAAAUGGCGGCUGAGCAAGACCCGAAAUUCAAAUUCGAGGCCAGCGAAUGGCCAAAUGGUCACUACGUCCACACCUUGGCUGGUCACAAGGAGGAGCCCAUGGGAUAUCACUACUGGCUACUCUACCGUCUCCCAGAAGUGCCUGACCCUGCCAGCCCACCUGGAAACCAGCUCGUCGCCCCCGUUGGCGUUGACGAUUUGCUGGUUGAAGACGGCGAACACUAUUUAUUCUGGUAUAAAAAGUUGUAAAAAGUAAAGAUUCCCAAAUCGAAGUGAUACCUUGUAGCAUUAGAAAAUAGCGUAUUAAAACUCGUAGUAACAUUCUUCCAAAAUAUUUAGAAUAUACCAAAGAAUGUUAAUUUUACUCAAUUUACUGUAGUCAUAGUUUAGUAUUUGAUUUACUUAAUACAAUUACGAAUAGAGUGCAAGUACGCCGUGAAGUAAGCGUCAAGUUGAAAGUUGGCUAACUUCGUAUCUAUGCCAGUUAUGUAGCUUUGAAAAUAACGAAUGUUUGAAAAAAAUCGCUACUAAAAGAGCACACCAAUUACAAAAAAAAACUUAAACGCUACGGCGAUGUCGUCACGCUGCACUCUAAGUCUCCAAGUCUUCUAAGUCGUAAUUUUCCGAUUUUUCCUCAUUUUAUUUAAUAUAUCAGUGAAAACGUUGAUUUUCAAAUUACUUGAUAAGAAACAGGAUGAAAAACAAUAUUUUAUUAACGCGUAUAUUGUUUGUCGAUUAUUAUUUGUCAGAUUGCAAUUAAAAAUACUGAUGAACUAAUAAUUGUCCUGUUAUCAUACACAGACUGAUUGUCAUAUACCUCUACCACAAAUUUGAACUCAGGUAAAAAUUAAAGUGAAUUUGAAAAUUUUCAUUUAUUAUAGAAUUGUUUUUGGAAGCCUCGUUCAACAAUAAAAACUGUUCCAUAAAAAACUGUUAUUGGUGUGAUUUUAUAGGGAUCUUUGUAGAAAUAAUUAGUGACAAAAAGUGUAGAACGCUUGAACGUCAAAUUACACUUGACAGCCAUCAUCAUAUUUCACGUUGACACCUGUCAAAUUCAAUGUAGAGUUGCGCAACGCAGGCGCUUCACGGCGACAUUAACAAUUUCUCUAAUAUUUGAACUGUACAUUCCACAGUAUUUAGUUGACUAUUUCUAGAACAUAUUGAAACAUAGACAUAAGAUUGAAAAAUUAGUAAACCUCUCUGAUCAUAUCAACGUUCAAUAGUUGUUAAAUUGUUACAUGUUAUUACUCGUAGGGAUAUGUUUUUCACUUUGAAAUAGCAUGUAGAAUACAAGAAAAUUUGUUGCCCCUAUUACAAAACUUUAUUAUGUCGUUUUAGUUCAGAACUGUGUAAUAAAAAGUAUACUCACAAAUACUCUUGAAUCUCUGCUAAUAUAAACGCACCCUACUCUGUUAAAUCUAUACCGAUUUCAAACAUUAUAAAAGAAUUUAACACCAAAGAGAAAUUAGUCAUACAAUACUAAAAUAAUAUCGAAAAAAGAAAAUGUUUUGUAAAGUACGUAUUAAUGAUGUCUCGUCACUCAUUACUUGUCUUACUUUAUAGUGAACGUGUAGAAACGCUGAUAGACUAAUUUUAUCAGUAUUUAGCUCUAUAAUCCAGAAUAUUCAUUUAAAAUAAAUUAAACUAUGUAAUCUUUGAUUCUAUAAGUUAAUUUUAAGUCCUAAUUUUAUAAUCAUUUUAGGAGACUGAAUCCCUUCAUGUUAACAUUAGUGUAACAUUUUUAUUGUACCUUUUAAAUGAUUCUUAAUAAAUUAUUA